AUGGCACUGACUCCUUCGGCCCCACCAGAAACAACGACCCUGGAGAUAAAGAAGAACGAAGUGAAGCAGGAGCAAUCACACCAUAAAAGGGAGGACCCACCUCCAUACCCGGCUCGCAGCAUAUAUCCUUCGCUUAAGCCCUAUAAAGAUAACGGGGAAGGGGGGUCGGUGGAGGAAAGUAGUAUAAUUUCUAACACAGUUGAUAAGAGGGUCCUUGAGAAGGGAGAGAUGUCUGGAGGGGCUGGGAUACAACCUGUGGAAUGCGACAGUGGGGGCGGGACUCACCCACUGCCCGAUUCUGCCUGCUACGGUGGCCACCCCCCGAGGGGCGUGGAUUGUCCCCGGCCUUGCUGUGGGGGGAGCGGUCCGACGGGGAUGGCCCCGGAGUCCACCCAGGAGGGGCGUGGUCCCAUAUCGACAACUUCAUGGGGCCCGCCUACCCUCACUGAUUGGGCUCGAGUGAGGGAGGACAUACAGGCCGCAGAUCCAGCAGAUGUCGCUCUCGCUCUGCCGGUGGUGGUAAGACCAGAGGGUCCAGCUUGGGUUCCUCUGGAAUCCAAAGCGGUUACUCGUCUUUCGGAAUUAGUUAAGAGCAAAGGCCUGCGUUCCCCUGUUACUAUGGCAGCAGUGGAAGCUCUUAUGGCUUCUAGUCUUUUGCCAUAUGAUGCGGUGAAUCUUAUGCAUGUUAUUCUUGAGCCCGUACAAUACACCCUAUGGUAUGAUGAAUGGAAUAGACUACUUCAAGCUGUGGUGGCUGCUCGCAGAGGCGAGAGAACUAAUCUUGUACGUCUUCAGGGCCUGGCAGAUGGAAUGGUGGGAUCCCCGGAGGGCCAAGCAGCAAUGCUCAGACCAGGAGAGCUGGCAGCUGUUACAACGGCAGCCCUCCAAGCCCUGCGAGAAGUGGCUAAGGUUGCGGAACCUGUGCAUCCGUGGGCAGACAUAAAGCAGAGCCACUCUGAGUCAUUUUCUGAUUUUGUGAAUCGCCUAAUUCGCGCAGUGGAGGGAUCUGAUCUCCCAAGAGAGGUCCAAUCCGCAGUCAUAAUAGAAUGUCUUAAACAGAAAUCGUUGCCAGACAUCCAGCAAAUCAUCAGAGCAGCACCGGGUAACCUAACUACCCCAGGGGAGCUUAUUAAAUAUGUGUUAGAUCAUCAGAAAGUUGCACCAUUAACUAAUGAGGGAUUAGCAGCCGCCAUGCAGGAAAUGAUAGAUGCCAAUCGGGUCAGGGAAGGAAGGAAUAAAGGCCCGUGUUUUAAGUGUGGGCAGCGUGGCCAUUUCAAAGCACAGUGCCCUAAGAAGAUGGGGUGGGCCAAAAGCACGACGCCCGCAGUGGCAUUAACUAUGGAUUUAGAAGAACGACCAAUCGUUAUGCAUCGGGAUCCUUCCGACUGUUACACGAUCUCCGAGCAGUCAAUGCGCAACUUAUCCCUUUUGGUCCGGUUCAGCAAGGGGGACCUCUGCUUUCGGCUAUACCGGAAGGAUGGCCCCUGA